GCCGGGGCAGCGGGAGCGGGUCCGGUUGGGCGCCGCGAUGGUGGCCCCCCUGCCCCCGGCCGCGGGGGUGGGGCCGUGCCGAGCGGACGUGUUCGGGGGGGGCGAAACUCCGCCGCGGAGGCGGGGGUGGAGGGGGGUGAGCCGGCAGAAUAAGGGCUGCUGCCGCCGGGCCGUGCCGCGCCUGGCGUGUGGCGGCGGGGCUGCCUCAGCGCCGGCUGCGUCCCCGCCCGCCCGCGCUGGCGCCGCUGCGGGAGCUCGCGAGAGUCAAGCUGACAGAUUUGCUUUCAUUGCUGAAUGGUAUGACCCAAAUGCUUCACUAUUCCGACGCUAUGAGCUCCUGUAUUAUCCAAAAGAUGGAUCUGUGGAAAUGUACGAUGUGAAGAACCAUCGCGCCUUUCUGAAGCGCACCAAGUAUGACAGCUUACACCUUGAAGAUUUAUUUGUGGGCAACAAAAUUACUGUUUUUUCUCGUCAUCUUUCUCUAGUAGACUAUGGGGAUCAAUACACAGCCCGCAAGCUGGGCAGCCGCAAAGAGAGAACACUGGCUCUGAUUAAACCUGAUGCAGCACCCAAGAUGGGAGAAUUAAUUGAUAUCAUUAUUAAUGGAGGAUUUACAAUAACUAAGGCCAAAAUGAUGGUGCUUUCAAGAAAAGAAGCAAUUGAUUUCUACGUAGACCAUCAAUCAAAACCUUUUUAUAAUGAGCUUCUCCAGUUUGUGACGAGUGGUCCCAUUGUUGCUAUGGAAAUCUUAGGAGAUGAUGCAGUGUCUAAAUGGAAAACAUUACUAGGACCUGCAAACUCUGCAGUAGCUCGAACUGAUGCGCCAGACAGCAUUAGAGCAAACUUUGGACAUGAUGGCCUAAGAAAUGCAGCUCAUGGCCCAGAUUCAGUUGCUUCAGCUGCUCAAGAGCUGGAGUUGUUCUUUCCCUCCAGUGGGGGUCGUGGACCAGUCAACAGUGCAAAAUUCACAAACUGUACUUGUUGUAUUAUUAAGCCUCAUGCAGUUAAUGAAGGGCUCACUGGAAAGAUUAUAAAAGCCAUCAUCAGCGAAGGAUUUCAGAUCUCAGCUUUACAGAUGUUCAACAUGGAGCGUGCAAACGUGGAAGAGUUCUAUGAGAUUUACAAAGGUGUUGUUGCUGAAUAUCUGGAGAUGGUUACAGAGUUGUGCUCAGGCCCUUGCAUAGCAAUGGAGAUUAUACAGCCUGAGCCUCCAAAAGUGUUCAGAGACUUCUGCGGGCCUUCUGACCCUGAAAUAGCCCGUCAUCUCCGACCUGGAACUCUGCGUGCUGUCUUUGGGAAGAACAAGAUUCAGAAUGCUGUCCACUGCACAGACCUACCCGAAGAUGGUCUUUUGGAGGUACAGUACUUUUUCAAGAUUCUGGACAACUAACAGCCUCCAUCCACACCCAAAGCAAAAGAAGCAGACACAAAACUGUGUUCAUUCAUUUAUUUGUCCAAUGUUUCAACCUGACUGAAAUACAAGAUCAACAAGAGCACUGUACUCCUGGCUAUUAUUACAUGUUAGAACAUAGAGUUUUGCACUUUAGACAACAUUUAACACCAUUCUAUGGGGUCUGCAUUGCUUUUAUAAAGUUUAAAAUAAAGAUUUAUUUUCAAACGUG